AUGACUGCUGCAACUAUGCGCCGCUGGGCAAGCUGCCGCGUCGAUUCAAACAGAAUAUUAUUUCGGAACCCAACAAGUCUACGACGCUCGUUUGCGUCAUCACGAGCCGUGCGCCUGAGUGCUUGCAAUCACUUUGUCUCCCAUGAUGAUACGAUAGCAAAUAAAGCUAACAAGAAUACAAACUUUCGAGUAGCUGUCAAGGACAACAUCGCCACGGCCGGUCUCCCGACGCAAUGCGCCUCUGGCAUACUCGUCGCGCACGUUUCGCCUUUUGAGGCGACCAUUGUGAAGCAGCUCCGCGCCCGAGGCGCCAAUGUUGUCGGCAAGACAAACAUGGACGAAUUCGGCAUGGGGUCGUACUCUACAAACUCUGUGCAUGGCGCAGUCUCAAACCCGCUCUCAGAGGGCGAGCAGCUGUCCGCAGGGGGUAGCUCUGGCGGCAGCGCUGUCGCAGUGCAGCUCGGCGACGCAGACAUUGCGCUGGGCACAGACACGGGUGGCUCCGUCAGAUUACCGGCCGCGUAUACAGGCGUGGUCGGGUACAAGCCGAGCUAUGGCUUGCUGUCGAGAUAUGGUGUGGUUCCGUAUGCCAAUUCGCUAGACACUGUCGGCAUCCUGGCCCAUGACGCAUCUGCGAUUUCGGACAUUGUCUUCAAUACUGGCCUUUAUAUGGAGCAUGACCCGAGCGACCCUACAUCGCUAAGUCAAAAAGCAAGGCAACGGUGCGCCAAGGCGUCGCCCUCUCAGCUGCCUCCACUGCGCGAUGUAACAAUUGGCAUUCCGGCCGAAUACAACAUAGAAGAGCUUGAUCCUGCGGUUCGCGAGGUCUGGGCAGCGACUGCUUCUAGCCUAGAAUCCCAAGGCGCUCGAAUAGUGCCCGUAUCGCUUCCCUCGACAAAAGAGGCGCUCUGCGCGUACUACGUCCUCGCCCCCGCCGAAGCAUCCUCGAAUCUGGCCAAAUACGAUGGUGUACGAUACGGAGUGAGGGGUGCGAAUGGCGAUGCCGCGGGCGACACACUCUACUCCGAAGCUCGUGGUUCUGGUUUUGGAGAAGAGGUGAAACGCCGCAUCCUUCUCGGCACAUAUAGCCUGAGUUCGGAAGCGAUUGACAACUACUUUAUCCAAGCGCAAAAGGUCCGUCGGCGUGUGCAGCAAGAUUUUGACAGAGUCUUUGGCCUCGAGAACCCUCUAUACGAACCACGACAGUUUGAUCUCAGUGAAAUGUCCGCCGAUCUCGAGCUUGCAGACAAACGGGGGCCCGUGCAAGUCGAUUUUCUCCUUUGCCCUACGGCGCCGUCCUUUCCUCCGAAGCUAAAGGACCUGGAGUCGAAAAGCAGCGUUGAUGCCUAUACGAAUGAUGUUUUCACUGUGCCGGCGAGCUUGGCCGGCCUGCCUGCUGUCAGUGUGCCGGUAUGGCCGGAGCAGAGUCGCCUGCCUGUUGGCAUGCAGCUGAUUGCGCAGUACUGGGAUGAUCAAAGGUUAUUAAGCAUGGCGAGCAAGCUGCAAGAGGCAAUGAGCUCUUGA